UUAUUAUUAUUAUUAUUAUUAAAUUUGUGCUUUUUUAUGUAAUUUUAAUAAAUUUAUAUUUAUGGAAAUGGAAAGUAAGGAGGAUAAUAAGAAUCAUGAUUCCGGUACAGUUACCGUUCCACCGGCGGCGGUGGCGGUGGCCGGAGAGUUAAAUUUCGGUAGGUUAACGGCGGCGCCGCCGUUGAAAAAGAGGGGAAGACCGAGGAAGUAUGGAACGGACGGGAAACCGACGGCGACGUUAUCUCCGAUGCCGAUAUCGGCCUCGAUUCCGAUCACCAGAGACUAUUCCAGCUGGAAACAUAGUCAAGGGAAUAACAAGCUUUUAUCAGAAAUUAAAAGGAAACAGAAAUUGGAGUUUAGCUCACCAGCUGUAGGUGAGCAAACUUCAUAUUCAGUUUGCAUGAAUUUUACACCUCAUGUGCUUACAGUUCGUUCUGGAGAGGAUGUUAAUAUGAAGAUCAUAUCAUUUGCUCAACAAGGUGGAAGAGCUAUUUGUAUUCUUGCUGCAAAUGGUGCAAUUUCAAAUGUUACACUUCGUCAGCCUGACUCUUCUGGAGGUACUUUAACAUAUGAGGGUCGUUUUGAUAUUCUUUCUUUAUCCGGAUCAUUCAUGUCUAAUAAUAAUGGGGGAGCAAUCGGUAUAUCUGGUGGAAUGAGUGUUUCGUUAGCAGGCCCUGAUGGGCGUGUUUUGGGUGGAGGUCUUUCUGGUAUGCUAGUCGCCGCUGGUCCUAUUCAGGUCAUACUUGGAAGCUUUCUUCCCAGCCACCAACAUGAGCAGCAAAACCCCAAGAAAUCAAGAUUCGAACCGAUACCCGCCAUCUCACCUCCUAGUAUUGCUUCCACGCCUAUAUAUAAAGAAACAACCGCUAGGGGUAAUGGAGAUGAAUCCAAAAUAAGCUUUACGCUCACAACCCCAGUAGAAAAUAGCGGAUCUUUACAUGCGUCUGAAGCUAAGGUUAUCAACACAUCACCCUUUGAAGUUUCUUGCUGAUCAAAUACCACGUGUAUCAGGUUCUUUGUUAGCUGACUUCGGGGUCGCCAUAUUUAGGAAGUCACUUGACUAGUUAUUCUUGUUAUUAGUCUUAAAUUUAGGGUGUUGUAUUAAGUUAGUGCAUUCAAAUUGUUGUGAUUUGCUAUUAUGUGUAUACAACUUCCAAACUUGCUAUUGUAUGUAUUGUAUCUCAUAUUACUUGUAAACCGGUAGUGUGACAUGGCAAGUGACAACUUAUAUUGCUGCCAUGGUAGAAAAAUACCGGUCACUCUGUGAAGAUCUACAAGCAGAUAGAUAUAGUAGACAUAAUUAAAAGAUUUGAUACAUGCUAAGCAAAUUUGGAAGUUGGAUAUAGAUAAUAGUUUUUAGUACAUGACAAGUUGGAUACAUUUUUGUGCUCCCAGCACUUCGAAAUUUGUUACUUUUGGUAGGCAUGUGUUAAUUAGCGGUGUAUGAUGAUGGGAAAUGGAUGUUAAGUUUAUGAUU